AAAAACGGCUGCUGCCUACUUACUUGUGUUAGCAUGCUGCCAUUGCUCUCGCAGGCCAUCGUAUCGCCCAGAUCCACUUCGAACAAUCGACCACAACAGAGCUCGCCACGGUCAACCCUGCCAUACUUAGCCCUCCAUGGGCUGCCAUCUCCCCGCCCCCUUCCAAAACUACACAUGAAGCCCCAGCUUGAUCCAGACUUUGUGCCCAUGACAAAAGGUCGCAAAGGUCCGAAAUCAGAUCGAUUUGUUGUGAACAUGGACGACUGCCACACGCCUGAGCUGGUGGUACAAGGGUUUACGACGAUGUUGGCUGACAUCCGAGCGAGUUUUGCACGUAUCGACGCCACGACUGCUAUUUUUCGCGCAGAGAUGGAUGAAGCGAACGAUGUGGUCCAAUACAUUUGCGAUGUUCGUGAGGCGGCGAACAACCAAUUCGACGACUUGGCCACAAGCAGCGCCGUGACCAUUCAACGUGUGCAUCGAGGCAACACCGGUCGAAGGCAAUGUCUGAGGAAGCGCCAAGCAUCGGCUGCAAUUCAAGUGCAGCGUAUCUUCCGAGGUCGACUCGCUCGACGGGCGUACGUGACCAAGAAGCUGCAUUCUACCGUCGCGAAUACGGUGCUAGGGCUGCGGGCGAUGCACAAUUUACACCAGGACGACAAACUCCUCCAACUCGACGACGCUCAGACCGGCGAUCGCGCCGCCACGUUGCUGCGGAUGCUCAAAGCAUCCAUCACGAUUCAAUCGCGGUGGCGGGUCGCGUACAACAAGGUCCGAGGCAACGUCAGCGACAUCCAGACCGUCCAAGCUCGUGCCGGCCGGCUGAACCGACUGCUUGUGCGUGUGGCGUGGCAGGUGGCCACGACCAUCGGCAUCCUCCGGUAUUGGCGCAAGGCCACGGCACUCAACCUGCUCAGUAAGCCCGCGGCGCUGCUUCGCCAACAACUCCACCGCCGCCGAAGCUCGAUCGAGAUAGCCGCCAACGCGAUGAUCGCCGCUCGGCUGAGAUUUGCGGCGAUCGCCGAGGCGGCCCCCCGCCAUGCGGAGCAGCACGCAGAACACGUGAUUGAGAAUGUGUCGUUCUUUGCCCAGCCCCCCAAGGCGUGGUAUACCCGUCACGCAGGAUCCGACAGCGUGGUCAAGUCCACUACCUCGUCGCACUCUACGGCGAGCCUCCCCCCACCCCCGCCGCCGCCAUCGUUUGCAUCCCCCAAGGCCCAUUCCAAGACCAAUGUGGUGCUUCUCGGCAAUAACAAAGCCAGGUCGUCGUCCCUCCCGCUCACAAACACGCAGCGAGACACGUCGCGUUUUGGCAUUGUGCCCAAUGUUGUUGCCACCACCACCGAAGUUACGCGGGCAUAUCAAGCGGUCCACAGCUCGGUAGCCCCCCGUCCCGGCCACGUCAAAGUAUCACCGACAAAGGUGUCGAAUGUAAAACUGUCCCCUGAUUCCAUGCGCCAACGACAAGGUACUAAAAGUAGCAACGACGGUAUAGACACUGGAGACCUACUGAAUGAUGAAUUGAAACAUGCCAUAUAUGUGUACGCUGACCACCCUGUACGACCAUGAUGUGUGUGUAUCAUGUAGCUACGUACGAUGCAAAGCGAAAAGCCAACGACAGCAGGGCGGGAGCUACGAAAGACAUUACGGCCGCCAUGGGCAAGGCGGCGUACCAAGAGGCAGGAAUGCGUCGAACGAUGGACCGCCAACGGCAAUUAAAAGUCAAAGUCGAACAGAGAAAGCAUCGACGGGUGCGCCAUCGAUUCAUAUCGGUAUAUGGAGGAAGCUUCAAACAUCAUUUGGUUGUAAUGACGUUGAGUUCUCUGAACCGUGUUGGGAAUGUAAUGCAUUCGGCAGGCAAAACACAAGCAAACGACGUCACUGGUCAAGCUGAACCUGGCGCGAGCCCAAGGAAUGGCGACAACCUCCACCGCCAACCACGAGAACCCGUCAAAGCCACUGGAUGCCACCCCGAGUUGCCACUUGGAGAGUUCGACUGGGAGAAGGAUCGUGGCCGAUGCCAUCAACUCCGCCAUGCAAAAUGUCUUGGCAUGCUUGAGAUGACCUUAAUGUACAUGAAAUACACACUUGAAAAAACAAAG